AUGGAAGAGAAACGUAAAGUGCCACGCCCACCGUUCACUCGCAACUCGGCCGUGAAGCUAUCGCUGCCCGCGGCGUUGCGCACCGUGCACGUAAAGAAAGAUCAACAGUUAUUCCAUUACGAAGCCAUUUUGUGCCAAAUGUCCAGAGUGCUGGCAAAGCGCACCGUUCACUUUCAGCUCAGCCGUGUAGCUGUCGGAGCCCGCGGCGUUGCGGACGACGCACGUGUAAUUCCCCAGAUGGUGGCCCCGCACGGGAUCCACGUCCAACAUGAACUUCCUGCGCCCCGCGUGCGACACCGAGACGGCCGGGUCCGCCUCCACGUCCAGGUCGCCGCCGUUGAGCAGCCAGGUGAAGGCCAGCGGCAUGUCGCCCUUCCACACCACGCAUCCGACGCCUACGGCUUCCCCGGCGUUCGUGGGCUCCUCGCCAAACGAGAACGGGGUGAUCUGUGGCCGGACUGA